GUUUUCCAGCAAAGGAACCACCUUCAAUCUUAACUUUCGAAGAGAAAAAACAUUCGCUGAACCAAAACGAAGAUGAACCGUGUAGCAGUAACAAUUCUUGCUCUUGGCCUCAUUGCUUCCUUUAUUGAAGCCAAGCCAAAUUUUCUCUUCAAGAAGGAAGUUGGCGAAGGCAGUCCAGAAGAAGUAAUUGAUGACCACCCACCUGAACAAGAUGUAACAGUUGAAGACUGCUUUCAUGAAUAUAGAAAAGUACUGGACGGGACUUCUGAAUAUUUACAAUAUUUAACUGAAGAGACUUGUGACCAGUUUCCCCGUCCUGCGUGUCUCUUGGUCGGCUGCCUGUAUUAUGUGUAUUAUGGAGACGAUGAACCAGAAAAGAAGAAAGACGUGUCGUGGUCAGAUUUCUCUUCGUCUUCAAGUGGCUUCAAGACUCAGAAAAGAAAUAAGAUGAUGGCGAAGAAGGCUGCCAUCAUGAAGGCACUGGCCAAGAAGAGAGCUAUGGCUAAGAAAGCUCAUAACUAGAGCCAUGUCGCUCACAAUCGCUAAUGCCCAGCAAAAUUAUAUAUACACGUACAUUAUUAUUCUUCUUAUAAGAUAUACUUUUAUAACUUUCUGUGAAAUGUCUGGUGAUGGGAAAUGUAAAUGAACUAAAAUUCGUUAUUAAUGAUUACAAUGAGGGCAAACUUAGAAUUCUCAAGAAUUGAUUUACUGUAAUUCUAAAUUAUUUGAUAUUAAUCUGUUUCAAUAAUGUUUCUAACAUAAAAACUGGCCUAUAAUCAUGUCUUAACAUCAUAAAUAGGCAAUUUGAAACAAAAAUAUGAGCACUUUCAUAUAUUUUCUAUUCUUGGUCUAAUAAAAUACUUCAGCAAACGAA